AGAAACGAACGGACCCAUUCGACGGAUACGGCGCAAGCGCAGAGCCUGGUGUGAUUAUGAAAAUGGUUCUUACAUGAUGUUUUUAUCAAGGUAAGCUGAGUUUAAACGUUGCACAAGGACGCGGAUACAGUGGUAAAAUGGCAGGAGAAGAGCAGGAGAACAACAACACCAAAGGUUUCAGGCUGCUGGGGAUUCUGGAUGUCCAGAAUACUCCAUGCGCCAGAGAUGCCAUCUUGCAUGGAGCUGGAGGCUCACUAGCUGCUGGUCUGCUUCACUUCCUGGCCACCAGUCGUGUGAAGAGAUCUUUUGACGUUGGAUUUGCAGGCUUUAUGCUCACCACACUUGGAUCCUGGUUUUACUGUAGGAUGAACAACGCUAAACUUCGCGUGCAGCAAAGGAUAAUUCAGACCGGCAUCAAGAACAAGAUUGUGUACGAGGGAACUGUUCUAGACCCCACAAACAAACCUGGAGCAGAAACACCAUCAGGACCCUCGUGAUCUCUCGCACUGACCGACCUCCCCCUCCUUUGUGAGGGCUUGGAGGAGAAGAGAGCGCAACACUGUUGGGGUAAACUCACUGAAUUGACUUUGACUGCGUAAAUAAUGGAAAGUUGCUUUUUGUUAUUGUUCUUUGGUUCAGUGUCUUCUCAAGCAAGUCUGCAGUCUGUAAAAUGCCUGGUCUGACAGUCAAGUGAUGUGGUAAAUGAAGUCUUUCAUCAUAUGGAAACACAAAACCCAGAGCACACACUUUCAAGUUACACCCUCCCAUAUCUGGAUUUUGUUGAGUGGGGAAAAAAAACAACUGUGUAUUAUAAUAUAAUCCUAAAUCAAAAUGAUUUAACAGAUUUCAAAAGACCCAUUUAAAUAUUGGUCAAAUAAACUGACCACUUCCUCAAACCCUGUGAUGUCUGAAUUCCUGUCAUUUCAGUGAAAACUGAAACUCCAUCUACUAAAUGGUAUAAAGAAGAGAGGAAAAAAACCUACCAUUGUGCUAUCAGGCUGUAAUUGUUGCUGUAUAUCUCCACCUGCUGUGACUGACUCAGUUCACUGGUAUUAUUAUGGUCUGAAUAUUCAACACCAUCUAAGCCACUGUACUAAAAAUAAUCAUAAAAAGUAUAACAUCCCUGCAGAGCUCAAAACUACAACUUCUGAAUAAAAAUGGAGAUAUAUCUUUUUUGGGAA